AUGAGGGAGCUGUGUUCGUACCGCCUGCCCCAUCCUGCCACGUCACUCGUCAUGACACCUGACUGCCGCCGCCUCGCUGUCAUCCAAAACGACGGUGUGACCUCACGUGUGCGGGUCUUUGAGGUCAGGAACAUUGAGGAGGUCACGACGGAGUCGGAGGCUCAGAGAGAGCAGAACAAAGCACCAAAGGACAAGAACAAUGUCGAGGAGUUUGUUAAACAAAUUAUAAGUCAGGAACCCACCAAACCAUCAUCUGUUACUGAUGCUGAGAGCCAAGUGGUCAGAGCAUUGGCGUCUAAACCCAAUGGAAAGCAGCCCGCUUGUCGGAUGAAGAUGCUGUGGAGCUACGCGCUGCUGUUGCUCGUGCUGGGGGUGAUGCUGGUGAUCUGGACCGCCGGCUCCUACCACACCUUCGUCUGUACUAGCUUGGUCAAGGUCAGCGUGGCUGAAGUUCAAGGCCGUCUCGAGGACGACCUGGCGGAAGGUCACGUGGCCAUGUCCAAAGCCACCCGACAUUCUGAUGGCGAACCGUCUCGAGGUUUUUCCACGAACGUCAGCGAGCUGUCCACUGUGUACAGACACAGCUUCCGGACCAACACGCCCCUCGAGGACCAUCAGUUAGUCUUAAACUCGCCGUACUUCCGGCCUAGACUCCACGUUGUCACUUCCCUAGUCACGAAAUAUCUCAUUGAACCGGAAGAACUUUGUGAAGGACCGGAAGGGUCCCCGUUACUCCUGAUCUUCAUUCCUUCUGUCGUCACCAACGUCAACAUGCGAAGGGCCAUCAGGGCGGGGUGGGGGCGUGCCGCCAAGGGGGAGUGGCCCGGAACUCGACACCUUCCACCGGUCAAGAUCCUUUUCGUCUUUGGCAGGAGCGGUCACGUGGACGAGCACGCCAUCCUGUGGCAGGAGAAGGAAGUGUGGGGAGACGUUCUGUUCGCUGACUUCACAGACACGUACCGCAACCUCACGGUCAAGGUCCUGACCAGCCUGCACUACGCCGCUACACGAUGUCCAGCAACGGACUUUGUCUUGAAGGUUGACGAAGACACGUUUGUCAACGUGCCGUACCUCCUGGAGUUCCUCAGAUAUCACCGCAAGGAGCUGUCUGGACGCAUGGUGGGAUACGCUAUCAACAGACCCGUCAGCGUGCGCCUGGGCAAGUGGCGGGUAGCGGCAGAAGCGUACCCGCUGCCCAUCUUUCCCAAGUACCUGUUCGGCCACAGCUACCUCAUACACAACAGCAUCGUGAGCGACCUGGUCAACCUGUCGCAGUACAUGCCCUUUGUGCCGGUAGAGGACGCCACCGUCACGGGCAUCCUGGCGCGCGCGUUGAACGUCAGCCGCUUGCACAGCUCUUUGUUCGCGUUCGGCAAACGAGGCCACACGUGCGCCAUCGUCAAGAACACCAAAGUCACCAUGACCUUAGUGACAGAGGCGUCACACAGGCUGAUCUGGCAGGCCGUGGAGUCGGCCACGUGCUCCUACACACUUCUGAAUCCAGACAGACUGGAGGAGAGGACUGCGGAAGGUUUACCUGAGGACCGUAAGACUCUGGAUGACGAUUCAGGUCCCGACAGGGGAGUUAACUUGAUCCAAGAAGUGGGCCACCUUGACAAGGAAGACGACGAAGAAGUUAUUUAAGACCUCCAGGAAGAAU